AAUGACAUCACUAGUGACGUCAACGGGGUCCUUUCAGCCAUGGGAAUCUAUCCAUGACCAUAAGCAAGUGGUAUGGACCAGUAGGGCCUGGGAAUCGGGGAACUGCAUUUUGACACUGACAAAAAUUUACAGAAAUAGCGGAUUAAUUGGAAGUCUGAAUCACUGGCCUUUAUUUCUUCGGGGUUACAUUGAUUGGAUUGUGAAUUAAUUUGUCGUUUGCUAUCCUUUGUUGGGAUUUAUUGUUUCAUCUAGCGGUUGAAGUUCUAUUGAAAAUGUCAGCUAAGGUGCGGCUCAAAAAGUUGGAGCAGUUGCUGCUGCAGGGACCCCAGAAAAAUGAAAAUAUAAUGAGUGUUGAGACGCUUUUGGAUAUUUUGAUCUGCCUUUAUAACGAGUGCAGUACUUCGUUGGUGAGGAGAGAAAAGUAUGUAGCUGAAUUCAUAGAAUGGGGUUGCUGUAGUAAAAAUGAAACACACGGAGCGCAUAUAUGCCAUGAAAAUUUUAAAUAAGUGGGAAAUGUUGAAAAGAGCAGAGACUGCUUGUUUCCAUGAGGAAAGAAAUGUUUUAGUAAAUGGUGAUUGUCAGUGGAUCACAACUUUGCACUAUGCAUUCCAGGAUGACAACUACUUGUACUUAGUAAUGGACUACUAUGUUGGUGGAGAUUUACUGACUUUACUUAGCAAGUUUGAAGACAGACUUCCUGAAGAUAUGGCAAAGUUUUAUCUUGCAGAAAUGGUGCUGGCUAUAGAUUCCAUUCAUCAACUUCAUUAUGUACACAGGGAUAUCAAGCCUGAUAAUGUUCUUUUGGAUAUGAAUGGCCACAUACGUUUAGCGGAUUUUGGGUCCUGCUUAAAGAUGAAUGCUGAUGGCACUGUGCAGUCUUCGGUAGCUGUGGGCACUCCAGACUACAUUUCCCCUGAGAUACUACAAGCAAUGGAAGAUGGAAUGGGAAAAUAUGGGCCUGAAUGUGAUUGGUGGUCUUUGGGGGUCUGCAUGUAUGAAAUGCUGUAUGGUGAGACACCUUUUUAUGCAGAAUCACUGGUGGAAACGUACGGAAAAAUUAUGAAUCAUGAGGAGAGGUUCCAGUUCCCUUCUCAUAUCACAGAUGUGUCUGAUGAAGCAAAGGAUUUAAUCCAGCGGCUGAUUUGUAGCAGGCACCAUCGAAUGGGCCAGAAUGGAAUUGAAGAUUUUAAAAAGCAUCCUUUCUUUGCAGACAUAAACUGGGACAACAUUCGAAGUACAGAAGCACCUUACAUACCAGAAGUCAGCAGCCCUUCAGACACGUCCAACUUUGAUGUAGAUGAUGAUGUUCUGAAGAAUCCAGAAAUUGUUCCUCCUGUGUCUCAUGCUGGUUUUACUGGAAUGAAUUUGCCCUUCAUUGGCUUCACCUACACAACUGACAGCCCCUUCUCAGACAGAAGCUCUCUACAGAAUGUAUUGUUGCCUGGUAUGCGUACCACACAUUUGGACGAACAGCGGGAUCUGAGCAUUAGUUUACAAGUAGAGGCUUAUGAAAGGAGGAUACAAAGGCUUGAACAGGAGAAACAGGAGCUAAAUCGAAAACUACAAGAAUCAUCGCAAGCUGUGCAGAAUCUUCAUGGUUCGGGUCGUGGCAUAGGGACUCUUAGUAGGGACAAAGAAAUUAAAAAGUUAAAUGAAGAAAUUGAGCGCUUAAAGAAAAAAUUAUCAGAUUCUGAUCGUUUAGAACAGCAACUUGAAGAUGCAGUAACACUUCGACAGGAAUAUGAAAAUGUCACCAACAAAUUAAAAGCACUCGAAAAGCAAAGUAAAGCACUUAAGCAAGAAAAAGAAGAUACUUACAAGCAACUUAUUGAAACUCAGGAUAGACUGAAGUCACACACCAAAGAGUUGAAGGAUGCCCACCAGCAACGAAAGCUGGUCUUGCAAGAAUUUUCUGAACUUAAUGAAAAAAUGGCUGACUUGCGCUCCAGCAGACAGAAGUUGUCACGGCAGCUUCGUGACAAAGAAGAAGAAAUUGAAACAGUUAUGCAGAAGCUUGACACUAUGAGGCAGGAUCUCCGUAAAGCAGACAAAUCCAGAAAAGAGCUGGAGGCUCAGCUUGAAGAAGUUUCAGCAGAGGCAUCAAAAGAACGUAAGCUUCGAGAGCACAGUGAUCUUUACACCAAGCAGCUUGAAGGUGAAAUAGAAACUCUCAAGGUAAAACAUGGAGGUCAUGCAGCAGGUGUUGUAUUGGAAUACCAGCAGGAGUUAUCCAAGAUUAAGUCAGAAACAGAGAAAAAAAUUCUCUUCUAUGAAGAAGAGCUCGGGAGACGUGAGAGCUCUCAUGCCUCUGAAAUAAAAUAUUUGAAAAAGGAGAUCCGUGAUUCCGAAAGCAUUCACUUGGCAUUACAGAAAGAGAUCAUGAUGUUGAAAGACAAAGUAGAAAAAGCCAGAAGGGAGAGACAAAUUGAAGUGGAUGAAGCUCUAGGGGCAUUAAAAGACAAGUAUGAAAGAGAGAGGACCAUGCUUAAAGAAGAGAACAAAAAAUUAACAGCUGAAAAUGACCAGCUUUCAUCAGGCGUGGAUAACCUAAGAGCCCAGAACAGGCAGCUAGAAAAUGAACUGCUGGACCUUGCAGCCAAGAAGGAAUCUGUAGCCCACUGGGAAGCACAGAUUGCUGAAAUUAUACAGUGGGUAAGUGACGAAAAGGAUGCCCGUGGUUACCUUCAGGCUCUGGCAUCGAAGAUGACUGAAGAGCUUGAGUCACUCCGAAGCUCUAGUUUGGGGUCAAGAACCCUGGACCCACUAUGGAAGGUGCGACGUAGUCAGAAGCUGGAUAUGUCAGCCAGAUUGGAAUUGCAGUCAGCACUGGAUGCAGAAAUACGAGCAAAGCAGCUAGUCCAAGAAGAGCUAAGGAAAGUAAAAGCUGCAAACCUGUCUUUGGAAAGCAAACUGAAAGAUUCUGAGCAGAAAUGCCAGGGACUGGCAGAGGAGAUAGAGAAUUUAAAGCAGCAGCUGGAUGAGAAUAGGUCUAGGACUGAAAAAGGACUGAAGCUUCCUGAUUUCCCAGUUUCAAUUUUCGAGUACUUUAAUACCUCACCCCUUCCUCAUGAUUUAACUUUCAGACCUUCAUCCUUUACUGAACAGGAAAAUCUGAGUUCCAAGGCUGAUAUCUCACAAACCUCCUCAGAUUCCUUUGUUGAACAACAAGAAGAUGUGAUCAAGGUUCAGCCAACAUUACCAACUACUCCCAACAUAUAUUCUUCUUCUAUACCUCAGCCUAAAGCUCACCAGCUCACAGUAAAGACCUUCUCCAGCCCUACCCAGUGCAGUCACUGUACAUCCCUUAUGAUAGGACUGGUACGUCAAGGCUACGCAUGUGAAGUAUGCUCUUUCACGUGUCAUGUGUCCUGCAAAGACAAUGUACCUCAAGUGUGCCCUGUUCCUCCUGAACAAGCUAAAAGGCCCCUUGGGAUAGAUGUCCAGCGUGGAAUAGGAACUGCAUAUAAAGGCUGUGUCAGGAUUCCAAAGCCCACGGGAGUGAAAAAAGGGUGGCAGCGGGCAUUUGCAGUUGUCUGCGACUGUAAGCUUUUACUGUAUGACUUGCCAGAAGGAAAAUCAACCCAGCCUGGAGUCGUUGCAAGCCAAGUUAUAGAUCUGAGAGAUGAAGAAUUUUCUGUGAGCUCUGUUCUGGCAUCAGAUGUGAUCCAUGCUACUCGCAAGGACAUUCCAUGUAUAUUCCGGGUGACAGCAUCUUUCUUAUCCUCUCCUGCAAAGAUUUUUUCCUUGUUAAUUCUCACUGAGAGUGAAACAGAGAAAAAGAAAUGGGUUGGAAUUCUAGAGGGAUUGCGAAACAUCCUGCAGAAAAACAAGCUAAAAAACUGUGUUGUACAUGUACCACAGGAAGCAUAUGACAGUACACUGCCUCUAAUUAAAGCAAGUUUAGCUGCUGCUGUAAUAGACCGAGAACGCAUUUUACUAGGAACUGAAGAAGGACUAAAUGUGGUAGAUGUAGUACAUGAUGGUAAGUGCCAAGCCUUAGUUGUGACACUUGGAUUGUUUUGA